CCCAUCAGAGUUUACUGGCCUAUGUUUGUCUUAAUAUUUUACUUCAUCUGCCCCAUUCCCCACUUCAUUGCCAGAAGAGUAAGUGAUGACAGUGAUGCAGCCAGCAGCGCCUGCAGGGAACUGGCGUAUUUCUUCACAACUGGAAUUGUUGUUUCUGCUUUUGGCUUCCCCAUAAUCCUCGCGCGGGUCGAAGCGAUCAAAUGGGGAGCCUGUGGUCUGGUGCUGGCUGGCAAUGCAGUCAUUUUCCUUACUAUUUUAGGCUUUUUUCUUGUGUUUGGUAGAGGAGAUGACUUUAGCUGGGAGCAGUGGUAGGACCUCGCUCUGAUGCUGGUAACGUUUUCAGUGUAUGUCACCACAUAUAUGCUGUAUGUGUGUGUCUGUGUGUAUACAUUAGUACUGAUGUGUGUGCAUACGCACGCAGUUUUACAUUAUCACAUCCUAACGUGCUCUUUUAAAAUGUGUCAGCCAAAGGGGAAAGAGCUCUGUGACAGCUCUCUUAACAUCAGUAAAAGUUGGGAUCGCCAUUGCAAAUCUGUCCACAAAUAAGUUUGCAAAAACAUAAAGUGUUUUCUACUCAUUUUUUAAUACAUGUGCAUUAACUGCUGCUCAAGUCAGAAUUUCACUGAUCCUUGAGAUGUUGCUCACCAAAAGCCAUAAAAUAGAUCAAUGUAAAGAUUAUCCUGCUUGCUCUUGCUUACCUUGAUUGCCUUUCUGCUCUGUUUAAGGAUCAAUGAGUACUUGCUUUCCACUUGAGUAAUUGUAAUUGUUUUCUCUGAUAACAAAACCAAACAUAGUGUAUGCCAACUCUUACUACCUAAUGAAAGAGGAAGAAAACCCUGGUUAAAAAUUGAUGGUGUUCAUUUCGAAUCCACAUUCUUUCUUCUCUCUAAGAUAUGCUGGUUUUGCCACUCUUCAAUUUAAUGACUGAAUGUAUUGUGGGAAUAAUCUAGUAUUUUAAUGCUCAGAGUUGACAUUACUUCUCUCACGGAGGCUCACAGAGGAAGAGAUUACUCUCGGGACACGUACAGUCACAAUACAGCAUACAGCUCUGUAUUCCUGUGUGUGAAGUGCCUGAAUUGCAAGGAAGUGAGUGUUCUGCUGGGCAGGACUUCGUUCUCACUGCUUUGGUAACAUCCUUAUUCAAACUGCUAUUUCUUGGCUGUAAGAUUGUUAUAUUAAAACACUAUAUUUUUAUGAUGGCAUUAUCCUAGUGAACAUUCUCAUAAUCUCACUUAUAGAAGUUACCUUUAUUACUGUUUUGACUUGCUGAAGCCUUUGAUUUACAGAGGCACGUGAUUUUAUAACAGCGCAUCGUGGCACAACCCAAACUCUAGAGGACACUUCAGGAAUCUGCAGAGGGGCAAAGGGAGAGACGUGUUAGUUUUAUUCUUACCUAAGGAAACUGACAGAGAGAUUCCCAUUUUAUGAAGUAAGAAACCAAUUUCCUGUGUAGGGCAUGUUUAAUUAUUGAGAGUUCUUCAGGUUAGCAGGGGGCAAAUGCGUGUUUUAUCAUCUGCGUUAGCUCAUGGCUGACUGCUGGGACCCAGCAUGGCUGUGAGGGACCCUCUGCAAGGAGGUGACAGAACUGACUCUGCAAGAUGUGGCAGCUUCACUGAGACAGAACCUUUUGCCCACUAGGUUGUAUGAGAGUACUCCACUGUUGUCCAAUCUCUCAUUCCUAAUGUACUGCAGAAUGGUGUCCUGUGGGUUGCUGUGCAGAGCAAGAGUUAAAAAAUGAAUGAAUGUUAUGUGAGCACUCAUACUCUGCUUUUUUUUUUCAUGCUCAGGGCCCUGCUGAAAGGGUACAAAAGUCAUUCUGUGGUCCAAAUAAUGUAGUAUCGUUGAGAUGUAGAGUAUCUUGGCAAAUAAUUCUAGUAUUUGAUUAGAUGGAAAACUGCUAAUUACAUGUUUUAAACUUCAGAUGUGAAUAAGGUGAACGCUUCAGUGUUGAGUAAUGCUGAGUAAUUGCGGCUGAUACUGAAGUGUAUCUGCAAUGUCAUUGCUGCCAAAGAAGAUUUAUGUUGCAGUGCAGCUUCUGGAUGCUGGUGCUUCAUUGCAGACAUAGCAGGAACAUGCUUGUUAAGGUGCUGGUUGUGAGCAGGUUGUCUGCCUUCAAGCGAAAUUUGCCAUUUAUGACUGAUUUGUAAAGUGCUAUUGUUCUAAAUAUUAGCUGAAUUACUGAGAGUAAGCAUAGUUUCCACAGAGGUCCUGCUUUAGUUUUUUUUAAAGAUUCAUUUUGUUCCCCUUUGCUAUGAAGUUUUUUAUUCAAUUUAGUGAACUAAAACAACGCUGAUAUACAACUGAAGUGCCUGAACCUGCACGUGUCUGAAGUCUUUGUUAAACAUUCCAUUUAACUCCAGUUUAAAGUACUUUGUGCUGGCAGCUUUAGGUUCCUGAACUUUUUCACUCCUCAGAAUUUGCGUAUUGAAGGCUGCAGCAGAAGUCUGUAAAGCUACUCAGUUACCACUGAAGUUUUGCUGUUGAGACAGGUGGGGUAAGGAAAAAAAGCUCACAUCAGUUUUUAAUCUGAAGAACAGCCAUUGUAGAAUCUAUUUCCCAUCUAUUAGUGAAUAGCACAUGUGUGACAGAUAAGAUUGGGAUCCAGUUGGGAUGCAGGCAGUGAACAUGUGACAAUCCAAAGUGAAAAGGAAGGCUCGGAAGUUUGGUGUAGUGUUGAGGAGGCGUUGCUCCUUGCAAGAUUCUUCCAUUGCCCCGUGUUUCCUUUGGCUGUUGCUGUAGCAGGGAGAUGCUGAAGGAAGAAAGUGAAGACUUCUGCAGCAGCUGCGUGCACUAAUAAUGUGAACUUUGUGCAAUUUUCAUUGUGGAUGUUUGUUUUAAACUGUUUAGCAUUAAAAAUCAUAUUUAAUGGUGUUUAAGUAAUGAAAUUCUUCUGUGUCCUCUUUAGAAGCAAAUUUGCUUGAAGGAGUUCAGUGUUUAAUAGGGUCAAAAAACCUUCUCAGUGCACUUGGGUUUUUGUUUGCUUGUUUUUACCAAGAGCUUCAUUCAUUCUCCCCACCCUGGUGCCCUGAUGGCCAGUAUUGGGCGUGCUGUCACUGUCUAUCUGUAGUGCUUUACUGUGGUUUCCCUGGAAUUGAUUCCUUGGUGGAAUACUAAAUAUCCAAAGUGCCUUAAUUUCAACACUGUGCUGAUGUUGUGAAUGCAUAUAACGUGGAAAUACCAUUUUCAUAAUCACCUGAAAGACUGUUAUUGCAUUUCUAUAAACCUGCCUUGCCAAUUAAUCACAUUUUCUGUAAUUCACUCUGCAGUGCAGUUUUUGUAACUUUUGUAAACACUAUUCAUGUUUUUCUGUGUUGGCCGGGUUCUCGAGAUGGAGUAUUAAAACAUAUCCUGCUUUUCUUCUUGAAUUGUCUAAUAAAACUGAGUAAACAUACCCAA